AUGGAUUUGAUGUCUGGGUACAAGGAAUUUUCUCUCAUUAGUCUGGGUACGAGAUGUGUUGUUAUGUUUUACAUAUGGUUAUUAUGUGUUGAUCAAGAGAAAAAGAUUCCUGAGGUGCUGAAAACAUUUCCUAGUGCAACGAAAUACUUGAAAACAAUUGUGAGCUUUGGCAAGGUUACUCCUGAACAAAAAGAAGAAGUUGAAAAGUUUGGUUUGGCUAUAUAUGCUUGGGAUGAAUUUUUGUUAUUGGGAGAUGAUAAACAGUAUGAUCCUCCAGUAAAAAAGAAAAGUGACAUUUGUACAAUAAUGUAUACUAGUGGCACUACUGGUGACCCAAAGGGCGUUCUGAUUUCCAAUAAUAGCAUUGUUACUCUUAUAGCUGGGGUGAGGUGCCUGCUAGGGAGCGUUCAUGAAUUGUUGACUGAAAAGGAUGUAUAUCUUUCAUAUCUUCCUCUGGCACAUUUCUUUGAUCGAGUGAUUGAAGAGUGUUUUAUCAAUAUUGGCGGCUCAAUAGGAUUUUGGCGAGGGGAUGUCAAACUAUUGACUGAAGAUAUUGGUGAGCUGAAACCUACUAUUUUCUGUGCUGUUCCCCGAGUACUGGAUAGAAUUUAUGCAGGUAAGUUUUUUCUUUCUCAAUGGAUGCAAAUGCGACUAAUUUGUUGUUAUUUUGUGCUGUCUCAUUUUUAUUUGCAUUUAAACAAAUGCUGCGGCAAGCUACAUAACAUGAAGAAGGGGAGUAAACAUGUAGAUGCAGCUCCACUUUGUGACAAAAUUGUUUUCAAUAAGGUAAAGCAUGGGCUAGGCGGAAAUGUACAGCUUAUUUUAUCUGGAGCAGCACCUCUUGCUACCCAUGUAGAAGCUUUUCUACGAGUGGUGGCAUGUUGUCAUGUUCUGCAAGGAUAUGGUCUCACAGAAAGCUGUGUGGGAACAUUUCUCUCACUACCAAAUGAGCUGGGUAUGCUUGGUACUGUUGGUCCUCCAGUGCCUAAUGUGGAUGUGUGCCUAGAAUCUAUUCCUGAAAUGGGAUAUGAUGCCCUCUCAAGCACACCAUGCAGAGAAAUAUGUAUAAGGGGCGAUACCUUGUUCUCGGGGUACUACAAACGUGAAGACCUCACCAAAGGGGUCCUGAUUGAUGGAUGGCUCCACACAGGGGAUGUUGGUGAGUGGCAGCCCAAUGGGAGCAUGAAAAUUAUUGACCGAAAGAAGAACAUUUUUAAGCUGUCACAAGGAGAAUAUGUUGCAGUUGAAAACUUGGAGAAUGUUUAUGGUUCUGUUACUGGUAUUGACUCGGUAUGCCUCUGAACUAUUGUAAAUAUAUAAAUGGAAUAUAAGUUUCAGUUUUGUCUCUGUGAGCAUUCCAAUUGUUGUCAACAAAUAUGGAAUGUAUUCGUUGUAGAUAUUACCAACAAUGUCCUUCUA